AUGUCGUUCGGCAGCGCAGAACCCAAAGGGUGGACUCACCACCUCGUCGCGCCCACUCCAGAUUCCGAAGUCAAGAUCCACUAUGUCGACUGCCCACCCACCACCUCUUCCCCUUCUUCAACACCCAAAACCAUUCUCCUCAUCCACGGCUUCCCUCAGACAUGGUACGAGUUCCGGCACAUCAUCCCCGCGCUCACCGAGAUGGGUCUGCGUGUCGUUGCGGUGGACUAUAGGGGUGCGGGGGCCUCCACCCGCCCGGUCGGGGGAUACGACAAGAUGACGAUGGGUAAAGAUCUGGGUGAUCUGGUGGUGAAUGUGCUGGGGCUCAAGAAGGUGUUGGUAUUGGGACAUGAUAUCGGGUCGAUGGUGGCUGUGGGGAUGACGUUGCAGUUUAGGGAUGUGGUGGAGGGGUUGAUGAUCAUGGAGGGCCCCAGUCCGGGUACAAAAGCAUAUGACACCAUCACCCGGGACGACAAGUUCACCUACGGCCCGCUGUACCACUGGUUCUUCCACGCUCAGCCUGACGUCCCGGAGCUUCUGGCGCACGGCAAGGAAAGGCAGUACAUCUCGCACUUCUUCACUCGGCUAUGCUACAAUCCCGGUUUCAUGCCCAAGGAGGAUCUGGAUGUUUAUGCCAAUGCGUAUGAGCAGUUCGGAGCCAUGCGAGCAGGUUUCGACACAUACCGCGCUUUCCGCCAAGACAGGAAAGACUUCCAGGCGCACAUGGCGAAGAACCCAAAGCUCAGCAUGCCAGUCUUGGCUGCUGCUGGUGAUGCCUGCUUUUUCGCAGACUACUACGAGGACAUGGCCAAGGAGUUUGCAGACAAUGUGAGCUUCAAGGUCGUCGCUCGAUCUGGACACUGGAUGCCGGAGGAGAACUCGGAGGGGUUCAUCAAUAUGAUCAAGGAGUUCUUGAACGAGCAGAAGCUGCUGUAA